GUGUAGUGUGUACUGGUAGUGUAGUCGGUUUCCAUUCUUUCUCGCUUGGCCAUCCACUUACGCCAGUCCAUCCAAGAUCCAACCUCUCUCUCUCUCUCUCUCUCUCUCUCUCUCGGUAGUCCGAUCCACCAAACCAUGUCGGGCAGCCAGGUCGGCGGCGGCGGGCUGCGAGGGUGGAGCCCUUUCGACGUGAUCCGCAGCUUCCCGUCGACGCCCGAGUCGCUAAUGUCGCAGAUCGACGCGGCCAUCGUCUCCACCGAGUACGCCCGCGCCUGCGCCCUCCUCGACCCCUCCCAAGUCUCAGCCUCGUCGCCGCCCGAGAUCGAUCCCGAGGGCCAGGGGGACCGGGGAGCCUCCCCUCUGCCUCCGGCCUGCUACGACGCGAGGGUCGCGGACGAGGCGUACCGCGCGGCGUGCGCGGCGCUGGGAGCGGGACGGCCCGACGCCGCCGUGCGGUCGCUGCGGGCGGCGCUGGCGAGCUGCCCGCCGGACAAGGCCGCGGCUGUGGCCAAGGUGAGGUCCAUGCUGGCCAUCGCGUCAGCGCAGCUGCACAAGCAGCAGCACCAGGCCCAGCAGCAGCAGAGCAGGAACUGAGGCCGUCCUACUUCGCCAUAGCUGCUGCAAUCUAUUGAUGCAAUUAUUACUGCGAUGUUUUAUUAGGCCAUGAUCAGACGCAAUAAACGUUCAGAUUAAUGCAUCCUGUUCCAUUUGCAGCCAUGUAUGUGGCCCAAAUCAUGGAAAGGGAAUCUUGUGAG